CCCCUUGCAGCCAUGAGCUCGGACGCAGAGAUGGCCGUUUUUGGAGAAGCAGCUCCCUAUCUCCGGAAACCAGAAAAAGAGAGAAUCGAGGCUCAGAACCGCCCAUUUGAUUCAAAGAAAGCCUGCUUUGCAAUGGAUGAUAAGGAAAUGUACGUGAAAGGUAUGAUACAGAGCAGGGAAAAUGACAAAGUCACCGUCCAGACCCUAGACGACCGGACACUCACUCUGAAUAGUAACCAGGUGUUCCCCAUGAACCCUCCCAAAUUUGACAAGAUCGAGGACAUGGCCAUGAUGACCCACCUGCAUGAGCCUGCAGUGCUCUACAACCUCAAAGAGCGCUACGCAGCCUGGAUGAUCUACACCUACUCGGGCCUCUUCUGUGUCACUGUCAACCCCUACAAGUGGCUGCCAGUGUACAACCCUGAGGUGGUGGCUGCCUACAGAGGCAAAAAGCGCCAGGAGGCGCCGCCCCACAUCUUCUCCAUCUCUGACAACGCCUAUCAAUUCAUGCUGACUGAUAGAGACAACCAGUCCAUCCUUAUCACCGGAGAAUCUGGGGCCGGAAAGACUGUGAACACAAAGCGUGUCAUUCAGUACUUUGCAACAAUUGCAGUUACUGGGGACAAGAAGAAGGAGCAGCAGCCAGGCAAAAUGCAGGGAACCCUGGAGGAUCAGAUCAUCCAGGCCAACCCCUUGCUGGAGGCCUUUGGAAAUGCCAAGACUGUAAGAAAUGACAACUCCUCUAGAUUUGGGAAGUUCAUUCGGAUUCACUUUGGAGCCACAGGAAAGUUGGCAUCGGCAGACAUUGAAACCUAUCUAUUAGAAAAAUCCAGAGUGACAUUUCAGUUAUCCAGUGAGAGAAGCUAUCAUAUUUUUUACCAGAUUAUGUCAAACAAGAAGCCAGAACUAAUUGACCUGCUUCUGAUUUCAACCAAUCCCUUUGACUUCCCUUUCGUGAGCCAAGGGGAAGUCACAGUAGCCAGCAUUGAUGACAGUGAGGAACUGUUGGCGACUGACAAUGCCAUUGACAUCCUGGGCUUUAGCUCAGAGGAGAAAGUUGGGAUCUACAAGUUGACAGGUGCAGUGAUGCAUUAUGGGAACAUGAAGUUCAAGCAGAAGCAGAGGGAGGAGCAGGCAGAGCCAGACGGCACUGAAGUGGCUGACAAAGCUGGGUACCUGAUGGGCCUGAAUUCUGCAGAAAUGCUGAAAGGCUUGUGCUGCCCAAGAGUGAAGGUUGGAAAUGAGUAUGUCACCAAAGGACAAAAUGUCCAGCAGGUGACCAACUCAGUGGGCGCUCUGGCCAAAGCCGUCUAUGAGAAGAUGUUCCUGUGGAUGGUCACCCGCAUCAACCAGCAGCUGGACACCAAGCAGCCCAGGCAGUACUUCAUCGGGGUCUUGGACAUCGCUGGCUUUGAGAUCUUCGAUUUCAACAGCCUGGAGCAGCUGUGCAUCAACUUUACCAACGAGAAGCUGCAACAGUUUUUCAACCACCACAUGUUCGUGCUGGAGCAGGAGGAGUACAAGAAGGAAGGCAUCGAGUGGGAGUUCAUUGACUUUGGGAUGGACCUGGCUGCCUGCAUUGAGCUCAUUGAAAAGCCGAUGGGCAUCUUCUCCAUCCUGGAGGAAGAGUGCAUGUUCCCCAAGGCAACAGAUACCUCCUUCAAGAACAAGCUCUAUGACCAGCACCUGGGCAAGUCCAACAACUUCCAGAAGCCCAAGGUGGUCAAAGGCAAGGCCGAGGCCCACUUCUCGCUGGUGCACUAUGCUGGCACCGUGGACUACAACAUUGCUGGAUGGCUGGACAAGAAUAAGGACCCCCUGAAUGAGACUGUGGUCGGGCUCUACCAGAAGUCUUCACUGAAGUUGCUGUCCUUCCUUUUCUCCAAUUACGCUGGGGCAGAAGCAGGUGAAAGUGACUCCGGGGGAAGCAAGAAAGGCGGGAAGAAAAAGGGUUCCUCUUUCCAGACGGUGUCCGCCGUGUUCAGGGAGAACUUAAACAAACUGAUGACCAACCUGAGGAGUACUCACCCACACUUUGUACGAUGUCUGAUUCCCAAUGAGACCAAGACUCCUGGUGUGAUGGACCACUAUUUGGUCAUGCACCAGCUGCGCUGCAAUGGGGUCCUCGAGGGCAUUCGGAUCUGCAGGAAAGGGUUUCCCAGCCGGAUCCUCUACGCUGACUUCAAACAGCGGUACCGGAUCCUAAAUGCCAGUGCCAUCCCUGAAGGGCAGUUUAUUGACAGCAAAAAUGCUUCUGAGAAGCUGCUAAACUCCAUCGACGUGGACCGGGAGCAGUACCGAUUCGGCCACACCAAGGUGUUUUUCAAAGCUGGGCUCCUGGGACUCUUGGAGGAGAUGAGAGACGAGAAGCUGGUGACCCUGAUGACACGCACACAGGCCUUAUGCCGGGGGUACCUGAUGCGGGUGGAGUUCAAGAAGAUGAUGGAGAGGAGGGACUCCAUCCUCUGCAUCCAGUACAACAUCCGCUCUUUCAUGAACGUCAAGCACUGGCCCUGGAUGAACCUGUACUUCAAGAUCAAGCCCCUGCUGAAGAGUGCGGAGGCCGAGAAGGAGAUGGCCACCAUGAAGGAAGACUUCGAGAGAACUAAGGAAGAGCUGGCCAGAUCUGAGGCUCGCAGGAAGGAGCUGGAGGAGAAAAUGGUCUCCCUCCUACAGGAAAAGAAUGAUCUCCAGUUGCAGGUCCAGACUGAAACUGAGAAUCUGAUGGAUGCCGAGGAGCGGUGUGAGGGGCUCAUCAAGAGCAAGAUCCAGCUGGAAAACAAAGUGAAGGAACUGAAUGAGCGGCUGGAAGAGGAGGAAGACAUCAACUCUGAGCUGAUGGCCAAGAAACGGAGCCUGGAAGACAAGUGCUCCUCUCUCAAAAGAGACAUUGAUGACCUUGAGCUGACCUUGACCAAAGUUGAAAAGGAGAAGCAUGCCACAGAGAACAAGGUAAAGAAUAUUUCUGAAGAAAUGACAGCCCUUGAAGAAAACAUUUCCAAAUUGACCAAAGAAAAGAAAUCUCUGCAGGAGGCCCAUCAGCAAGCACUGGAUGACCUCCAGGUGGAAGAAGAUAAAGUCAACGGUCUGAUCAAAAUCAAUGUCAAGCUCGAGCAGCAGGCAGAUGAGCUUGAGGGCAGCUUGGAGCAGGAGAAGAAGCUGCGAGCAGACCUGGAAAGAGUGAAGAGGAAACUAGAGGGAGACCUGAAAAUGUCCCAGGAGUCCAUUAUGGACCUCGAAAAUGACAAGCAACAGAUGGAAGAGAAACUGAAGAAGAAGGAGUUUGAAAUCAGUCAGUUACAAAGCAAAAUCGAAGAUGAACAAGUUCACAGUUUGCAGUUACAAAAGAAGAUUAAAGAACUGCAGGCCCGUACAGAAGAGCUGGAGGAAGAAAUUGAAGCUGAGCACACACUCAGAGCCAAGAUUGAGAAGCAGCGCUCAGAUCUGACCCGGGAACUGGAGGAGAUCAGUGAGCGGCUAGAAGAAACCAGCGGGGCCACUUCUGCCCAGAUAGAGCUGAACAAGAAGCGGGAGGCCGAGUUCCAGAAACUGCGCAGGGACCUGGAGGAGGCAACCCUGCAGCAUGAAGCCACGGCGGCCACCCUGAGGAAGAAGCACGCAGAUACUGUGGCUGAGCUCGGGGAGCAGAUUGACAAUCUGCAGCGGGUCAAGCAGAAGCUGGAGAAGGAGAAGAGCGAGCUGAAGAUGGAGAUCGACGACAUGGCCAGCAAUAUCGAGACAGUCUCGAAGUCCAAGAGUAAUGUGGAAAGAAUAUGCCGGUCCGUGGAGGAUCAAUUUAAUGAAAUCAAAGCCAAGGAUGACCAGCAGACCCAGUUGAUCCACGACCUCAACAUGCAGAAGGCAAGGUUGCAGACCCAAAAUGGGGAGCUGAGCCACCAAAUGGAAGAGAAGGAGUCUCUGAUUUCACAGCUGACCAAAAGCAAGCAGGCCCUCACCCAGCAGCUAGAGGAGGUGAAGAGGCAACUGGAAGAAGAAACCAAGCAUCUCCCAAAUGGGCGGCAGCAGCAUCUUCUGGGGAAGCCUGGGUCUGGGCAGCUGUGGCAGAGCAAGUGGUGUAGGGAGCAUCACAAUCAUGCAGUGAACCAGACUAGGAUAAGCCCCCUGAACCUGGAGGUGGACCUCAAUAUCCAGGCCAUGCACAUUCAGAAGAAAGAGCAGAUCAAGAACCACAACAAGUUCGCCUCCUUCAUAACAAGUGAUGGCUCCUGGCAGCUGGAUGAAGAUAUCCAGGAGCUGCGAUCUCAUGUCUCAGACAUAUCUAUGGUGGUGCUGUCCAUGGAUGACAGCCACUCCCUGGACCUGGAUGGAAGCAUCGUUGAGGUCAAGGCCCAGUGUGAGGAGAUGGCCAACCACGGUGGGGGCAAGAAGGCCAAGCAAGGCAUGGUGCAGCAGCUGUAUGGGUACCAGGAGCUCAUGAACAUCAAGCUGGCGCUGGACAUGGAGAUGGCCAUCUACUGUGAGCUGCUGAAGGGUGAGCAGGACAGGCUAGAGGCGGGAAUACAUGAGAAGAAACUGGCCCAAAGGCUUCAGGAAGCAGAGGAAAACACAGAGACGGCAAACUCCAAGUGUGCUUCCUUGGAGAAAACCAAGCAGAGGCUCCAGGGUGAGGUGGAUGACCUGAUGCUGGACUUGGAGCGGGCCAGCACCGCCUGCACCACCCUGGACAAGAAGCAGAGGAACUUCGACAAGGUCUCUCCCACACUGUCUCAGCAGUGAUGAUCAGAGUGUGGCCUUCUGCGCUCAGAUAUACAAGAAGCGAGUAUCACUGAUCCAAAGUGCUUCGGAGCUGGAGUGUUUCAUUUGGAAUACUCCUAUAAAAAUGUCAUGAAUGAACUGCAAACCCCUAAAUCACCCACUAAAUGCUGAUGCUGCAACCUGGAGCAAGAGAUAUCUGACUUAACCGAGCAGAUUGCAGAAACCGGCAAGAACCUUCAGGAAGUAGAAAAGACCAAGAAGCAAGUGGAGCAGGAGAAGUCUGAUCUCCAGGCUGCCUUAGAAGAGGUGGAGGGUUCUUUGGAACAUGAGGAGAGUAAAAUCUUGCGCGUCCAGCUAGAGCUCAGCCAGGUGAAAUCUGAGCUGGACCGCAAGGUCAUUGAGAAGGAUGAGGAGAUCGAGCACCUCAAGAGAAAUGGCCAGCGGGCAGCAGAGGCCAUGCAGAGCGUGCUGGAGGCUGAAAUCCGCAGCCGGAACGAUGCCCUCAGGCUGAAGAAGAAGAUGGAGGGGGAUCUCAACGAGAUGGAGAUUCAGCUGGGCCAUUCCAACCGCCAGGUGGCGGAGACUCAGAAACACCUGCGCACGGUGCAGGGGCAGCUUAAGGAUUCCCAGCUGCACCUGGACGAUGCCCUGAGGAGCAACGAAGACCUCAAGGAGCAGCUGGCCAUUGUGGAGCGCAGAAACGGCCUGCUGCUGGAGGAGCUGGAAGAAAUGAAAGUGGCCCUGGAGCAGACCGAGCGAACCCGCAGGCUGUCGGAGCAGGAGCUGCUGGAUGCCAGCGACCGAGUGCAACUGCUGCACACGCAGAACACAAGCUUGAUAAAUACAAAGAAAAAACUGGAGGCUGACUUGGCUCAGUGCCAGGCAGAGGUGGAGAACUCUAUCCAGGAGUCCAGAAAUGCAGAGGAGAAAGCCAAGAAGGCCAUUACAGAUGCCGCCAUGAUGGCCGAGGAGCUGAAGAAGGAGCAGGACACCAGUGCCCACCUGGAGCGGAUGAAGAAGAACCUGGAGCAGACGGUGAAGGACCUGCAGCACCGUCUGGAUGAGGCCGAGCAGCUGGCGCUGAAGGGUGGCAAGAAGCAGAUCCAGAAGCUGGAGGCCAGGGUGCGGGAGUUAGAAACUGAGUUAGAUGCUGAGCAGAAAAGGGGAGCUGAAGCUCUGAAGGGGGCCCACAAAUAUGAACGCAAAGUCAAGGAAAUGACCUACCAGGCUGAGGAGGACCGCAAGAAUAUCCUCCGGCUCCAGGACCUGGUGGACAAGCUGCAGGCCAAAGUGAAGUCUUACAAACGGCAGGCAGAGGAGGCGGAGGAGCAGGCCAACACUCAGCUGUCCAGGUGCCGGAGAGUCCAGCAUGAGCUGGAGGAGGCCGAGGAGAGGGCGGACAUCGCUGAGUCACAAGUCAACAAGCUCAGGGCCAAGAGCCGUGACGUGGGGAGCCAGGUAAGGAAGAUGGAAGAAUGA